AUGGGGGGUCCUCCCCGCCCCAGCUCGCGCCCGGCUCGCCCCUCUCCCGGCCUCCGUGGGAGUCACGAGCACAGGGUCCUAGAGCCAGGCCGGCGUCCGUGGGAGGCAAACCCGGCCGACUUCGGUGGGCUGCAGGCGGCGCGGGGCGGGAGGCGGGCGGCGACCCCCGAUGGCGUCCCCGCGCCCCCCGAUGGCGUCCCCGCGCCCCCCGAUGGCGUCCCCGCGCCCCCCCAUGGCGUCCCCGCGCCCCCCGAUGGCGUCCCCGCGCCCCCCGAGGGCGUCCCCGAGCCCCCCGAGGGCGCCCCCGCGCCCCCCGAUGGCGUCCCCGCGCCCCCUGAUGGCGUCCCCGAGCCCCCCGAGGGCGCCCCCGAGCCCCCCGAGGGCGUCCCCGCGCCCCCCCAUGGCGUCCCCGCGCCCCCCGAGGGCGCUCCCGAGCCCCCCGAUGGCGUCCCCGCGCCCCCCCAUGGCGUCCCCGCGCCCCCCGGACGGCGCCCCCGCGCCCCCCGAUGGCGUCCCCGCGCCCCCCGGACGGCGCCCCCGCGCCCCCCGAUGGCGUCCCCGCGCCCCCCGGACGGCGCCCCCGCGCUCCCCGAAGCAGAUGCCCACCCUGCCCUGGCUGCGGGGUGCACUGGGCUGCCAGACGCUCCCAGGCCGAGGUACCGAUUCAGCCGUUUGCACCUGCCCCGCGGGGUGGUCUGCGGGUCACCCCGGCUGCAGACCGACUAUGAACGCCAGGCCCGGCCCCUGGGAGCAGGGUGCACCUGCCUGGCCUUGCUGGCCUCCACCGCCAUCCUCCGGGGCAUCUCUGAGAAACACGGGGCGGAGGAGGCUGCCGGCCCCGGUGCAGGGGGAUGCUGCUGGGCCUCGGGGGCAGAGGCCAGGCGCGGCUCGGAGCCCGCAGCUCCGCGGCUCCCGCGUCAGGAGGCCGAGGCGGAGACCCCGGGCCCCGGCCCGGAGCGCGCGGCCGCCCCGCUCCCUCCCGAGGGCCGGGCCCGGGUCCCCGCGCCCCGCAGGCCUGGGCGCCGGCGGGUGAACGCAGUACCGGGCUCCAGGUCACCGCGUCCAAGUCACGGUGCGCGCAGCACCCGCUCCAGGUCACCGCGUCCAAGUCACGGUGCGCGCGGCGCCCGGCUCCAAUCCACCGUGCGCGCGGCGCCCGGCUCCAACUCACGGUGCGCGCAGCGCCCGGCCCGGCGCACCCCUCGCCCUCCUCGGCUCUCCGGGCCCCGUCCCCGUCCCCGGGCCGCGUGCCCCGGAGCCCGGCUGCGCGGGGAGGACGGGAACCGGGGCCGCGCCGGCAGAAGCACGCCGGGCCUCGGCCGCGCCGCGCGGGAGCUCGGCGCGGUUCCCGGCGGCCUCGCGGCCUCCAGCCCCGCGUGCAGCGAAGGCGGCCGGGCCGGGCCGGGCGGGGAUCCUGCGCGGAGACGAGGCGGGCGGAGCGGGGCCGGGGCCGGGCGCGGGGCCGGGCAGAGCCCCGAGAACGAGGCAGCAGCCGCGCGGGGCCGAGCGGCGCGCGGGCCGGAGGCCGGGACGCCCGCACCUCCCCGAGGCCCGCGGGCGGUGCGGGGCGCGGGCGCCGGCGCCAUCGGGGCCCGGCGGGGGCGGCGACCCCCGCUCCUUCCGGACCCGGCCGCCCCCGACCGGCGGUGA